CACGAGCGCACACUCACCCGCUCACUCACCUGACUUUUGAAACACUUUGCUUGGGGCAAGAUGCGAAAGAAACAUCUCACCACUCAUUCCUUCCUGCCGAGUGUCUCUCGCUGGCCAGGGGACCCUGGAGUCCCAGGGUGCAGAUCUCCUGGGGCAUUUCCCUCGGUCCCGGCGAAUUUGCACAGCGACAAGUAAGCGGAGACACGCUCCAUCCGCUGCUGGCUUCCAGCACCCCCUGCGAAGCCGGACCUCUGCAUUGCUGAAGCGUCACGGGGCAAAGACGUUAAAGACUGCAAAAAACCCAACAACAAGGUGGUCAGAAUGAGGUUUUGCUGCUGGCCAGCCGGGAGAAUGCUGUUAGAGACCCCGAUCCUGCCCUGCUUUAGCUUUCUGGCCGGGAAGUAACCGCACUCACGUCCGUGGAGGUUUGAAGAUUGGGAAUAGCACAAGAUCUUCCCGGAGCCCGUAACCCCAGGAGUUACAGUGACCCUCUGUUUGCCCCUAAGCAAUACCGCUUGCUCUGUUCCAAGGCACAGAACUGGGUUCUAAACUUCAUCUGCCAAAAAAAUUGAAUCGUGAUAUACUUAAAUAGAUCAAGUAAAUCAAAUUCAUUUUGUUAGAUAGAAAAAUGCACCCAAGUUGAGUAAUAAAUAUUAAUGAUGCCCGAUUUGCCACCUCCUUACUUAUGUAAAGAAGGCUGUCAUUCCAAUUACUCAUUAUAAAUUCACGUUGUCCAAAUAUGGAUUUAUUUUUGUAACUUUGAUAUUUGAUGGAUUUUCAUGGAUUUUGGAAUGGAUUGAAUCUGGUUCCCACUCCCCUGCUUUCACCCACCUGAAGCUAAAAUGUCUAGAAUGAGAAAUUAUGUUACAGACAGCGUAAAUGUAAUUAUAUAUCGGCGGCUAAAAAGUCUGUCCCCAGUAAAACAGGCUGAGGGGGUCAUCGGAUUUUGCAAGUUGUGCCAUGACUCAGAAUCCUAAAAGCUGCCGUUAUAAUUAACAAAAUACCAAGGGGGUUGUUUAAGAUAAUUUUCAAUAAUCCUCUUAUUCGCCCCCCCCCCCAAGGUUGCCCCCAAUCCAGGUCAGAAUGCUUAAGGAGUGCUUGAAAUGUGGGGGUGGGGGGUGCCAAAAGAGAGAUCGCCCAGCCACGCCAAGGUCCACCCACUUCUCAGAGCUGCUCUAUAAAAGCGAGCAGUGGAGCGCAGAGCUCGGCAGUGAUUACUUCACACACACACACACACACACACACAAAGGAGGAGUUCUCGCUCCUCAGGAAACCCUGCAAGCUCGGAUCGCUACUACAAAAACAUUUGUCUCAGUGGAUUAUCCUCACUGUCAGCAGGAGCCCAGCCAGAAUGAAACUAGUUCACGUAGCCCUGCUCUAUCUCGGCUCUGUGACCUUCUUCGGGGUGGAUGCUGCAAGGGUGGACGUAGCGACAGAGUUCAAAAGAAAAUGGACGAAAUGGGCACUAAGCCGAGCCAAGCGGGACGUGAAGCCUGCGAGCGUGCUCCGAGCGCUGGGGGCAGCAGCCGACGCGCUGCCUCUCAUACGCACUCAGGACGUGAAGGAGGAUUCCCGAGUCUCGCCUCCCAGCAACCGGGAGGAUGCUCACAUCCGCGUCAAGCGCUACCGCCAGAGCAUUAACAGAUUCCCCCACUUCCAAACAAAGGCGUGCCGCUUCGGGACGUGCACGGUGCAUUGGCUGGUCGACGAGCUCCACAGGGCGGCCGUCAACGACAGGAACGAUGCCGCCCCCCCCAACAAGAUCAGCCCCCAG